UAGGCUAUAAAAUGCGGAUAUUGCCUAAAAUUAUAAAUAUUUAAUAAAAUUAUUGGUAAAUUGUUACGAUUUUCUCCUAGAUCUAGAUAUAAAUACAACGAUUUAUUCGUUUCGACACAAUGCAAAUGAUAACUGAAAAUAAUUUUUAGAUACAAUCAACUAACCAUGAACUAUAUAGGAAGUAUCUCAAUACUAGACCGGGGCGAUGCUCCAGCACAGGCUGUCAUUGAUCGCAAUGCUCGGUCCCUGGCACAAAGAAUUGCAGAUGAAACUAAAGAUGAAUUGAAUAAAGUCAUGACCAGAGUUCAUGCAAUUUAUAGUGCUAUGGAUACGGUGGAUGAUUUCUACUUUGGACACUCGAUGGAAUUUGUUAAUGAUUUGGCUGAAUUAGAGACAAUAUUGAAAGAUGAAAUUAAGAAAAGACAGUAUCAACAGCAGGUGACUGUCUUCAUUGUUGGUUACUCUGAUAUCUGCCACCAAAAAUUUAGGUUACUUCAACAAGUUAAUGAGUUUUUCAAAGAGAACUCCAAAAACAUAGAUGAAGAAGAUUGGUUCCCUACUACGCCAGACAUGGACCAUGAUGAGGUUUCCAGUAAAGUUGAGGAUUCACUGAGCUAUGCCCAGAGUUUGACCAAACGACUUGCUGAGCUAAACAAAGAUAUGAUCACAUACAUGACCACAAUGGCAGAGAAAAAAGCCAGCCACAAACGACAUCCAUUAGAACCAAAGGGAAGAAAGAAAAUAGAGAAAGCUCUGCAACAGGCAAAGGAUGAUGUGUCAGGGUUAAAUGAAAAACUACUUGUCUUACAGAAAGAGCUGGAUGACAGAGAGGACAAAGUCCAUAUUAUGAUGAAGCAAAUGGAUUCCAAAAGCUUGGAGCUGCAAAAAUUUAGAACUGCUGCAGAGUUGGCUAAGCAAAAGCUAACGCAACUCCAAAAAGAUUUUGACGAACAAGUGAAAAAGAAUGAAGAAAUAAAAACAGACAUGACCAAGUAUCUGGACAGACAAAUCAGUGCUCUUCAAGCAACUCACAGACAGGAGAUGCAAGACUUCAAGCAGCUAGUGGAGGCCGAGGCUAAGAAACUACAGACUGCAAGCUCUACCCUGUCCGCAUCCGAUGUCUCAAAAUCUGCUAGUGGCCAGCGCUCACCAGACCCUAGUGCUAAGCAAGAAAGUAAUCCCGAAAUCAAAGAGACAAAACUUGCCAACAAAACUUCAGAAAAAAAAUCUGGCAAGCCUGUUGGGAAAUCUCCAACUCGAAACAAAGGAGAGAGCAAGCACAGUACGAAAGCUGAUAAAGAGGUUUCUGACAUCGCAGUUCAGAAUGUGGAAGGUAACCCAGACACAGCUACAGUUGAGUCCCAAACGAAAAAACUCCAAGCCCAGCCUCAGCAGACGAAUACAGAUAAUGAAAAGCUGGACCUGUUUAACGAAACCUUAUGGAAGUCCUUGCCAGCUGAUCAGGUCAACAACAAGUUCACCCAGUACAGAAAGUUGGCAACUGAGAAAAUCAAAGACCUUGAAGACCAGCUUGAGUUGACCUUGGCGAAGACCAAGAGGAAAGUGACGACACUGAAAGCUCAAUUCCAUGAACACAAAAGUAAAUGGGAAGCAGAGAGAAAACUACUCAUAGAACAAAUGGACCAAUCAAUGAAGCUUCAGACUGAUGCAGAGAAAGAAGCAGACGCAGCCAUGAAUCAGUUGGAAGAAUACAUUACAGAACAAGAGAAACUGGAGGAAGCAGAAGAAAACCAAGUCCACCAGAUUGCUGGCUUACUGUCUCCCAAAGACAACGUUUCUUCAGCUGGGCAUAGCCCAGUUCCUUCUCAUCCUGUACAGCAGCAGACAACAAGCCCUGAGCCAGAACAGGAGCUGUUGAGACUUAUGCAGCAAACAGAUGAUGCUAAAGUUCAAGAAAUGAAUGCCAGGCUUGGAACUUGCGUCUCGGCUCCCCCUGCUGUAGACACAGAGCCUAUCAAAAUACUGAGGAGAGAGCAAAGUAAGAAGCAGGACUCUAGGGCCAGUUUAAUAAGACAAGAUACCGGCUCAAACCAGUUUCACACGAUACCAAUUUUAGAUGUACAGGACACAGGCUCCGAUAUUGCAUCUGCUGAUGAUUCUGGGAAGGCUUUUGAUUCAGUAGGAAGUGGUGGUCAACUUUUGGAACCACCUAGUGUUGACUUUCAGGAGAGUUACCCCACUCAAGGGGAAAAACUCAUCUCAGACCAUGAGAGAACUAGCCCUGAGAGAAACAGCUAUGUCAGAGAUGCUCUGGACAGGGAGUCAGCUCUAGGUGAGGUGGAAAUAAGGACUGCCUCCCAGAGUUCAGAGCUGAUAUUGCAUAGACAGAAUACAAGAACCUCGUCUCUGGGAAAAUCUCGGCAUGUGCUGGGACAGUCGACCACAUCCGUGGAAGGAGUGAAGGUAGAAGGCACAACAGAAGAAGAAAUCAGAGCGUCCUCAGCACAGAGUAGAGCUUCAUUAAGACAACAGUUCAAGACCAAGCUAGGUGAAGCUAAGCAAGCAGCAGAGGACAGAAGAUCCAAGUCUCCUGCUAUACAAUUACCAACUCAGUUGACAAUAGAUGAUGAGCUAAUUCUAGAAGAUGAUGAUGAAUUGGAUGAGGGCUUGCUGAAUGAAAUAGGCACCUCACCACCAACUGGCAUCAAGAGCUCUCCAGGACUGUCAAUCGUGUCAACCAGUGAUUCAAAGAGCCCAGGUGUCGUAGACCCAUCUACCAUCAAGAGGAGUCCUAACCAAGCCUUCAUUCAGAAGAUAAUCAGGAAAGGGACAUCACUUUUGGAACAUCCUUUGUUAAAAGAGUUUCUGAAAGUUUUUAAUGGAUUAAUGGAGUUCAAAGAUGGUGUUGGCAAACUCUUGCUGGAUAAAGAUAUGAUGUCUGCACAUCAAAUUAUUGCUGACCUUGAACUAGUAACAUUUGACCAGAACAAGAAAGUCAUGCCACAAGUCGCAGAACUGGCUGAGAAUAUCUUAUAUGUCUUAGAUGAAAUUCUGUCCCUAAUGAACAGUGUGCUGCUCGUGGAAAGGGAACCGCCUGUUUCUGCCUUAAAUAUGUCAAGGGAGCAAACUAUCAAGUCUGUGCCACCUCCCAUGGAGACGCAGUUCAAUUCUCCUACUUUAGAAAUGAUGAAAGAAGGUGUAGAAGCCAUCAGGGAGUCCAGCACUGUGGAGAAUGAAAAACUUAGAGAGCUACAGGAACAGUACCAACAGCUUAAAGAAGAUAUGGAACAGGAAAGAAAGAUUCACCAAGACCAAAUACAGAAAAAUACGGUGGUGAUGAUGGAGUUACAAGAGACGAUCAAUGACCUCCAGAGAGAGUUGUCCUCCCUUGGCAAAGCUCCGCUAAGGACAAAGUCAGACCUAUCCAGUGGCAGAGGCACUGCAGUUAUUCAUAAGUCUCCGUCACCAGAGUCUUCAGUUCUCUUCACAAGACUAGACUCUGAGAGAAAUGCUAAGAUCAUGAGGAAAGCUGUGAUAGAGGACAAACUGAACCCAGAGAGAUACAAGGAGGCUAUUGCCAAGAUGGACAAAUAUGUCAGUCUUCCAGCUCAACGUUUGGCUCACCUUGUGAAAAAAUAUGUCCACCAUUGCAGAAUGAAGAAAAUUGAAGAAAAUGUCAAGAAUGGUGGAGAAUUAGAUGAUGAGGUAUACGAAGUUUUGAAUAAAAUGGAAAAUCUUCAAAACCAAAGAGCCAAAAAGUGGGCUCAGAAAAUGGAUGAAAUGGGCUCUGAGCGCAUCAGUCUGGCCAAUAUGUUGAUGGAGACUCUGGAUACCAUAGAACAGGAAUCUGGUAUCUUCCUCAUCAAACCAAUGUAUUCUUACAGGGGAAGGGAAACUAAACCAAUUUACACCAGCAAACUUAACAGACCAUCAAAAAUACGCAGAAGCCUGACUCCUUCUAAAGAUCCUGGCACCGGGUCUAUUCCAGCACCAACGCCAGCCUCUCAGUACCGACUGGUUCGACCAGACAGGCUGUACACCCAACAAGUUGUGAAUCGCCAUUCUAUGAAUGAACUCAAGUUUUACAAAGGAAGUGAAUCUCCUGAGAAUGGGGAAGUUCAAAUCACAGGGAAUGGUCUAGUUGUCAGCCAAGCUGCUCCUAACACAAUGUGGAAUAUGCAAGCAUCCCAUUCCUGGAAUCUUAAAGAGGGCCCAGUCAAUUUUUUAAACUGUCCAAGGAUUCUGGAGAUGGAUAUCAACCGGAUGCUGAUUGGCCAGAACAAUAUCAGUUCCAAGGUGCCUUUCCCUCAAUCUGAAGAUCGUCUUGUCAAUGCCAGCCAGAACACAUUGAGGUCAUAUGUGACAGUGAACAGACCAACAGCACCUAUUGGUGGGGAGUGGGUGGAGAAGAGACCAUCCUCAGGCAGUGCCAGCUCCCAGUCCAGCCAGAAAAAGGUGACAGUGUCUGAUAUAGACCGAGAGAUUCCUGCCAAACUUCCAGUCCCCCAGCCCCUACCUCCCAUCAGUCCAGUGCCUGGUCAGUUUGACCACCAAUAUAGACCUGUACAGGAAAGUGAUGAUGAUGAGCCUCCUGAAAGUCCGCCAGGUUCUUCCUUGUACCAGUCUACCAAUGGGCGCAACACCAGACACUCUGCUUCUAGGCUUGACCAGUACAUGUCCAUUCACAGUGACACUGAAGAUGAGCGUUGACCUAGACCCUCAAAUCUUUUGGCAGAUUUUAACAUGUCUGUUUGAAUAAAUUAUAACAUUGACUGUGAUAUAUACUACAAUUACGACAAGGUGGAGGUUGGCUAUGUCAAGUAAAGUUGAUCAGACUCUACCCUUAUUGUUUGAUAUUUAGUCUGUAUUGAGAAUGGACUAGACAAAUAUUUACACUAAACUAAAACAUUCAAGUCUUUAUGUAUGUUAAAGAUUAAAAUUUCUCUGAUUUUAUUA